CAUUUCAUGGUCUUUAUUGAAUUGAGUAGAGAUAUAAAAUAAUUUGGUUUGAUUAAUUUGUAAAUAAUCACAAUGAAUACCAUCGUAAGUGAACUUAGUAUGAAUGACUUAAAUAAUAAAUUCUUUGAAAUAAUGCAAAGCGAAAGCAAUGCCGAAGACGCAGCCAAUUUUAUUUACGAUAGUGUACUCGACGAUGUUGCGAUUGGAUUUAUUUUCGAGUUCCACCACGGCCUGAAAACUGGGUUGACGGAUUUAAUAGAAGGAGAGAAAGAAGACGAAGAGCCCUACAAAAUUAUAAACUCGCCGGAAUGCGAUGUGUUUGGAUUUUCAGUGUUAAAAAAGACUCCAGAUAGUAACUGUUCUUGCCCGAAUUGUGAGAGACCUGUCUCGGCAACUAGGUUCGCUCCGCAUUUAGAAAAAUGCAUGGGAAUGGGUCGCAACAGUUCACGCAUUGCGUCCCGCCGUAUAGCGUCAAACAGCCGCGAGCCAACCUCAUACGCUGGACUCCUCAGUGACGACGAAGAUGAUGCAGACUGGGCUGGCGGGUCCUUGCAGAAUGAACGCAGGAAAAGAAGGAUUAAGAACAAUAAUAAUAGGAAGCCUAAUAAACUCCAUAAUGGCAACAACAGGAAUAAUGGAAACCAGAACUCUGACUCUAACGAUGGUGUUACCUAUGACACAAUGACUGCCAAUGACAAGAAAACCUUACUGCUGCAGAUUUGUGGUGUGGUGUCCGAACACACAAAAAAAUUAUGCACUAGAUCUACCAGGUGCCCUCAACACACCGAGGAACAGCGCCGGGCGCUCCGCAACACCGUGCUGGAGCCCUCGACCCCCGAGAGCGGCAUCGGCGCGGACGAGGCGGGCUCCCCGCCCGACUCCAGCCCCUCCUCGUCCUGCUCCUCGUCCAGCCGCAAGAGGGACCGCCACCGGGCGCCGCCGAAACCUAAGAAUAAGAGGGAGAGGAUGUCGCCUAAUGGGAGGGAGUAGACGGGACAAUUUGGUUGGGAUGAUCAAACUUCAACUAUCUUGUAAUUAUAGAUAUGGCUGUUUUGUUAAUGUAUUGAACGAAAGACUUUGUACCUUAGGGUGGUAUUCCAUUUGUCCAAUGUCACUACGUCUCACUCUCUUAUUAAGCAAUUGUGAGACAAAAUACAGAUUGGACAAAGAAAUUGGACAGGUGGAAGACCACCCUUACCGACCGAUUAUGGACUGAGAUCGCUUUGUCAUCGCUCAUUGUAAGAUAUUACUUUCUGCCUAUUUAACCAAAAAGUAAAAUAAUUUGUAAUGGAAGGUCGGUAGGG